AUGGUGGGAAUCGGGACGUCAGAUGUGAAUCUGGACAAGUACCGCCACACCUUCUGCAGCCUGCUGGGCAAGGACGAGGACAGCUGGGGACUCUCCUACACAGGACUACUGCAUCACAAGGGCGACAAGACAAACUUCUCCUCGAGGUUUGGCCAAGGCUCCAUCAUCGGGGUGCAUUUGGACACAUGGCAUGGGACACUCACAUUCUUCAAAAACCGCAAGUGCAUCGGAGUUGCAGCCACGAAGCUGCAGAACAAGAAGUUCUACCCCAUGGUGUGCUCGACAGCGGCCAAGAGCAGCAUGAAGGUGAUCCGCUCCUGCGCCAGCUGCACGUCCCUGCAGUAUCUCUGCUGUUACCGACUGCGCCAGCUCCUGCCCGACUACGUGGACACGCUGGAGGUGCUGCCGUUGCCACCAGGACUCAAGCAGGUGCUACACAACAAACUGGGGUGGGUCUUGAGCAUGAAUUAUAGCACCUCGAAGCCUUCCUCCUCCUCUUCCUCAUCGGGAAGCGACUCGGAUAGCUCCUGUGGCUCAGAUGCAGAGGCCUGCCAAAGGAAGAGGUGCAGGAGGACAUAGUGUCUCUGCAGAGGAACUGCUGUGAGGGAGUCGGGUGGGUUCUGUUCCGCCGUCUGCGAGGGCUGGCCAGGCCCGAUGCCCCUCGUUCUUCACGGGGACUCCGUUUCUACUAGUUUGCAACGAUUUCCCUGACGCUGUUGGAAAUCUUGAGCCUAAACAUCCGUCACAUGCACAGAAAAGACCUGUGGACUUGCGGAGGUCCCAGCUGUGUGGGACAGGUAAACUGCAGCCCAACAGCUGAGCUGCAUCUCUUGA